AUGGCAGAACUAGCUGGGACUGGGGCUCGUGUUCAGGUGACUGUUCGCAUUUGUCCUUCGCGGUCGGGUGACAAGGUGGUUGUACACGAUGACCCUGAUGACAAGCGAGCCAUUGUGAUCGAAGAGGAUGGGAAUAGAGGUGGAAAAAUGUUCAAGUUUGACCGGGUGUUCACUAAGGGUCAGGAUGAAGUGUAUGAGUCAAUUGGAAAGUCAAUGCUGAAGGAGGCGUUUGAAGGUUUUAAUGUUUGUCUUUUCGCGUACGGCCAGACCGGAAGCGGAAAGACACACAGUCUGUUCGGCAACUUGAAGAGCAAAGACGGUCGUGGUAUUGCCCCACGCUUUGCACAGGAUAUGAUGGAGGAGGCACAACUCCGCGUGGAGGCAGAUAGUGGGGCGACAAUCAAGUUCUUCGUGACGAUGGUGGAAGUGUAUAUGGAGAAGGUGCGCGACCUCCUUGCUCCCCGGGUGCGGGGUCAGGAGCCGGAGGCGCUCGAGAUUCACGAGGACAACCAACACCGCGUGUACGUAAAAGGUGCCGGGGUGCACCCCGUGCUUAGCAUGGAGCGAAUGCAGGAGUUGCUCCGGAUAGGUAACGCAAACCGGCAGGUUGGAGAGACAAAGAUGAAUGAAACAAGCUCACGGUCGCAUGCCAUCAUUCAAAUCACCAUUUCUCAAAAGUACGAAUCCCUAGAGAUGCGAGAUGUAGAGAGUGUGGUUUUACUUGUGGACUUAGCAGGAAGUGAGCGUCAGAGCAAGGCAGAGUCUACGGGCAUCGCGUUUGAGGAGGCCAAAAAGAUUAAUCAAUCCCUCCUUAUGCUUGGCCGUGCAAUGAACUCGUUUAGCGAACGAAAAGGAGGCGAUGCCUUCAUAUCGUUGCGUGCGUCCAAACUCACGCGAUUGCUGUCAGAAAGCUUUGGUGGAAAUAGUAAGACAUGGAUGCUUGCAACGGUAUCGCCCGCCGCAUUUAAUUUGACCGAGACUAUAUCUACAUUGGAGUAUGCUCAGAACGCAAUGGCCAUCACUAACAAAGCGAAGGUGAAUAAGGCAGCCAAGAUCUUAGAAUACGAUGAGCUGCAAAAGCUUGCAUGGCUGCUACAGGUACGUUUGGAUGACGAGAACCGGGGUAUUUUGGCAUUGGAGAGCCAGAAAAAAGGUUUACAGGAUGAGAUAUCGUCUAUGAAGAACGUAUUGGCAGUUGCUAGCAACUCAAAGAUUGAGACAGAGCUGAAGGAUGGCCUUAAGGAGCGGGAGAAGCUGCUGGUGCAGCUGGGAGAAGCUUUGUGUGGUCGUGUUAGGGAAUCGAGUUCACAAGCACCCCUUGUCUGUUUUUCGGGAACGUGCAAAACUUCACUGGCAAACAUAUCGUUCGGAUCCUACCAAGUGACUACCCUUGUUGUACCGUGCUACAGUUUGGCGGGACCGCCUCCACUAUUGGUAUGCCGUAUUCACCUAUAUCUAACGGAGGACAAUUCUGUUGCAGUCCUUGUUCGCCUCCAAGAGUUGCAUCACCUUCCAGAUUAUGCCAUGGGGGGUGCCCGGGUAACCAUGUGGUUUGAUGGUCACGCAUCCUGCGCUGUACAAACGCCCAUUGUGGGGUCAAACAAAGGUAACCCUCAGUUUUCCCUCAAACAGACGUACUUGUUUGGCCCACUGACUGAAGACCUUCAGCAGUUUUUUCAGUUAGACGUGUUAAACUUUCGUGUCGACGGAAUUAUGUCGGAUGACGCCUUCUCCGGUUUUCGCACAACAGGUGCGGCAUAA